UACGAGUUACAAGUUGCCCAAGGUGCGCGAAGAGGCAUGAUGCGAGAAUUUGUUGUGAUCGGCAGUCAAGUCGGCUGAGAGAGAAAACGAUCGAAACUUGAAGUAUAGGCUUUACCAUGAGAUAGAAUGGAUUAAACUGACAAAAUUCUGACGUUUGGUGACUGUCACACAAUGGGAGUGACGUGUGAUUCGCCAGAACAGCGAAAAACUUUAGAGUAUCAUUAGCUGUGGCGCGGAUUUUGAUUUGCUUUGUGAGAUUUGUUUUCCUCGAACCAUGUCAAACUUCAGACUGUCGCGCCUGUUGCCUAGGUUUCUUCGGGGUGACAAGGACAAAAACGGUGGAUUUACCAAAGAUGCUGGCGACAAAAAUUGCUGUAGGAUUUUAUUUUUGGAUGACACCGAGCUGAAAUUGCCACUCAAGGGUAGCUCAAAGGGGUACCUGCUCCUGGAGAGGGUGUUCGACCAUCUCAACCUGUUUGAGAAAGACUACUUUGGAUUGAGAUUUGUGGAUAAUCGGGGCCAGACUCACUGGUUGGAGGAAGGAAAGUCCAUUGCCUCACAACUCAAAGGCAGCAGCACACCCUACACAUUCUACUUUGGCGUCAAGUUCUACGCUGCUGACCCCUGCAAGUUGAAAGAAGAAAUUACCAGGUAUCUGUUUUUUCUGCAAGUCAAGCAAGACAUCCUACAGGGCAGGCUCCCUGUAACAUUUGAAGAGGCCGUGGACCUUUGUGGAUAUGCUGUGCAAUCGGAACUAGGUGACUAUGACUCCAACCACGCUACACAUGGGUAUGUGUCUGAGUUCUGCUUCGUCCAGAACCAAACAGAGGACAUGGAGAACCGCAUCAGUGCUGUACACAAGAGACUUGCUGGUCAUGUCCCGGCUGUGGUGGAGUACAAGUAUUUGGACAAGGUCAAGUGGCUGGAGAUGUUUGGCGUGGACCUCCAUCCAGUCCUGGGAGAAGGCAAUAUAGAGUACUUCCUUGGCUUGACUCCCACAGGAAUUGUUGUAUAUAAGAAUAAGUCAAAGAUAGGAAAUUAUUUCUGGCCAAGAAUUAUAAAGGUCACUUUCAAAGGAAAAAUAUUCAUCAUCAGGGUCAAAGACAAAAAUAGUGAUGAGCACACGUACGCAUUUGAGCUUCCCACAAAGACGAGCUGUAAACAUCUAUGGAAGUGCUGUGUGGAGCAUCAUGCGUUCUUCAGACUAAACCAGGUCGCAGAUCCUUUAUCUAGGGCAGGCAAAUUGUUUAGAUCCGGGUCAAAACAUCGACUCAGUGGUCGCACGGAGAGGCAGUCACAGCGGGACGACUACAGUCGCCAACAGCCAAACGUUCUGCGGAUACCCAGUAGACGACAACAACGCAGGAUACAGUCCGAGUCAAGACUUAAUGCAGGUGGCAGUGGUGGCUAUGGUGUGGAAGGAGGCACUGUCCUUACCAUGGUGAAGCCAGAACCAGUGAAAGCUCCCCGGCAUCGAAGCCUCCCUGAGCUGCAGGGCAAGGAGUCCCCCACCAGUGUGAGGUCAGCCCCCUGGAAGACCAACUAUGAUGGUGGACUGUACACAUCAGGCAAAGACUCACCGUUGUCCACCCGCAGCGAGCGCCACAUCUACAACCGCCAGGCCAGCGACAGCGAGAGUGGAGUCAGUCGCAGAAAGUACUUCCCCAACAAACGAGGAUCAGACAACGACAGCGAAGUGUCAGCCCCUCGCAGGAGAAGGCGAGAGAUUGACAGUGGUAGUGAGUCUGAUGUCUCCUACAGGAACGUCCUACAGAACCGCCGGAACCGUGUCUCCAACGACAGCAACAUUCAAGGUGGACACAUACCAAUAUUAUAUCCGUUUGCUGACAAAGAAAAUCAUCCAAAUGGCUCAAUCCCAUCCCUACAUUCAGCCCCCGGCGGAGAGCAGAGGCAGAGGAGACGCAGGAGACGUAGCAAGUCUCCAGGCGGCAAGAGGCCUCCGGAGGAGCUGAGGAAGUACAUCGAAUACGGACUGGUGGACACGCAGGGCAUGUCCGAAGACCAGAUGCGCGAGAUCACAUACACGAAAAUAGAAACCAAAGCUGAACCUUUUAAGAUCAAAUACUCCCCCAAGACCCGACAGAAGAUGCGAGCAGCGAGAAGGAAAAGCUUUGGUGAGUCUGACCGAAACUCCCAGGCUGGGCUAUCAGACAAGGGCAGUGUGACGCAGUACCAUUUGUCUGGCAGAGAGAAUACACAAAACAGACAUAGUGGUUACUAUGACAACUACUCAAAUUCUGAAAACAACAGUUCUCGGCAGCGAGACAGUUACGGCCAGGUGCAAUCUUCCCCUGUGGUUCACAUGCAGGAUAUGCAGAUGGCGCCUGUUGUUCGGACAAGGAACUCUCACCAAAUCAACAUGGACGUGAGUCAACACAGUCAGCACAGUAGUCACAGUCAGCAGUCACGCCACCACUACCACAGAGAGGAGCGCAACAGUGUGUACCAGGUAUGUGCAUGAGACCUCAGGGA